AACCAUCAGUCUGAAUCCCAAAGGCCUGAGAAAGUCUGUUCUCCAGUACCUGCUGCUGAUCUUCUGCCUCAGCCAGCAAGAAGCACCAUGAAACUGGAAUUCACCGAGAAAAACUACAACAGCUUUGUGCUGCAGAACCUGAACAAACAGAGAAAACGCAAAGAGUACUGGGACAUGGCCCUGACUGUGGACCACCAUGUCUUCUUUGCACAUCGCAAUGUGCUGGCUGCGGUCUCUCCACUGGUGAAGAGUCUCAUCUCCAACCACGACAUGAAGACCACUGAUGAGCUCUUUAUCACCAUUGACCCCAACUACCUGAGUCCGACCACGGUGGACCAGCUCCUGGACUACUUCUACAGCGGAAGGGUGGUAAUCUCAGAGCAGAAUGUGGAGGAGCUGCUUCGUGGGGCCCAGUAUUUCAACACACCACGCCUUCGAAUUCACUGCAAUGACUUCCUGAUUAAGUCCAUCCGCCGUGCCAACUGCUUGCGCUACCUCUUCUUGGCUGAGUUGUUUGAGCUCAAAGAGGUAUCAGACUUGGCCUACUCUGGCAUUCGCGACAACUUCCACUACUGGGCCAGUCCUGAGGCCUCCAUGCACUUCAUGCGCUGUCCACCUGUCAUCUUCGGCCGCCUGCUCCGAGAUGAAAACUUGCAUGUGCUCAACGAGGACCAGGCUCUCAAUGCCCUCAUCAAUUGGGUAUACUUCCGGAAGGAUGAGCGGGAGAAGUAUUUCAAGAAGUUCUUUAAUUACAUCAAUCUUAAUGCUGUCUCCAACAAGACACUGAUGUAUGCCAGCAACAAGCUGAUGGGCGUGGAGAACAGCUCAGCCCACUCAACCCUGAUUGAGAGUGUCCUUGUGGACCGCAAGCAGGAGAGGCCAACCAGCCUGCUGAGCUACCAGCGGAAAGGGGCCCUGCUUGAUUCGGUGGUCAUCCUAGGUGGCCAAAAGGCCCACGGCAAGUUCAACGAUGGAGUGUUUGCUUAUAUCAUUCAGGAGAACCUGUGGUUGAAGCUCUCAGAGAUGCCCUAUCGGGCAGCAGCACUUAGUGCCACCUCUGCUGGUCGCUACAUCUACAUCUCUGGUGGUACCACUGAGCAGAUUUCAGGGCUGAAGACGGCUUGGCGGUAUGACAUGGAUGACAACUCCUGGACCAAGUUGCCCGACCUGCCAAUUGGGCUUGUCUUCCACACCAUGGUGACCUGCGGGGGGACAGUGUACUCAGUGGGUGGGAGCAUUGCCCCAAGGAGGUAUGUCUCUAACAUCUAUCGCUAUGAUGAGCGCAAGGAGGCCUGGUGCCUGGCAGGGAAGAUGAGCAUCCCUAUGGAUGGCACAGCCGUGAUCACCAGGGGUGACCGGAACCUGUACAUUGUCACUGGGCGCUGCUUGGUUAAGGGCUACAUCUCCCGGGUCGGGGUGGUGGACUGCUUUGACACCAACACUGGGGACGUGGUCCAGUGUAUCACCUUCCCCAUUGAGUUCAACCACCGGCCCCUGCUCUCUUUUCAUCAGGACAACAUCCUCUGCGUGUACAGCCACCGGCAGAGCGUGGAAAUCAACCUGCAGAAGAUAAAGGCCAACAAGACGACUACCUCAGUGCCUCUCUUGCCCAACAACUGCCCCUUGGAUGUGUCCCAUGCUAUAUGCUCCAUUGGAGACAACAAGGUGUUUGUAUGUGGAGGUGUCGCCACAACCAGUGAUGUCCAGACAAGGGACUACACCAUCAAUCCAAACGCCUACAUGCUGGACCAAAACUCAGGCGAGUGGAAGACCCUGGCCCCCCCACCAGAGGCACUGGACUGCCCUGCCUGCUGUCUAGCCAAGCUGCCUUGCAAGAUUCUUCAAAGGAUUUAAAUGGCUUUUUAAGUGGGAGAAUAAGUAAAUGCAUUAUUAUUCACAAUUUAAUGAGAGAGAGAAAGAGAAGAAGAUGGCCUGUUGGUUCCUU